AUGACUACUGAGGGGGAUUAUGUGCAAUAUGCAUUUAUAGUAGAAGCAAAACCUAUUAGCUUUGAACAAGCAGCUGGUGAUACAAAGUGGAUGAAAGCUAUGAAGGAAGAGAUUGAGUCCAUUAAGAGGAAUCACACGUGGGAGCUAACAGAGCUUCCUGCUGGAAAGAAGCCAAUAACACUAAAGUGGGUUUAUAAGUCUAAAAUAAAUCCACAAGGUGAAGUUGUAAGGUAUAAAGCUGAGCUGGUAGGAAAAGGCUUUCUACAACAAGCUGGAAUAAAUUAUGGAAAGGUUUUUUCUCCAGUUGUCAGAAUUGAAACAAUUAGAUUGAUGGUGUGUGUUGCAGCACAACUUUGUUGGCCAUUACAUCAACUUGAUGUAAAGUCUGCUUCUUGA